UGCUUUGGUGAAAAAAUAACAAAUGCUAGCUGUCCUAACAAUCAAUACAUGGUCAUAAAAAAGGCAGAAUAUCGUGGAUUGAAUGAAGGAAAUGUUUGUGGUUCAAGUUACAAUUACAGUUGUAGCUUCGAUGUUACAUGUCAUUUAAAAAGACGCUGUGAUGGUCAACGGGUGUGUAAUAUAAGCGUCGAUAAUAAUCUCUUCCCUUCCAAUAUUUGUGUUGGCCUGAACAAGUAUCUUUACUUUGAAUAUCAAUGUAACGACACCAUGACGUCAUUGGAUGAUAUGUGCUACGAUACGACUGGAUUUUUCUUGAAACAUGUCGAAACUGGAAAGUGUAUAUAUGAUACAGAAAAAAUACAGUCAUCACUAGGAGCAAGAACUCUUCGAUUUUUGGAACUUUCCCACAACUGUCUUCAUCCUGCAUCUCAGUUUAAAUUCUUAGUUAACAGCGCCAUAAUGAAGUUGAACGUACCAAGUUGUCUUCAAGGAGUUCAUAAAUGGGUAAAUGGUUAUCGUCUUGAUGUGUUGUAUAUCCACACUGAUACGCACAACAUUAAUUACGUUGCUUGUGUCAACAACAAUGCUGAAAACAAACCUCUUGGGGAGGUCUAAAAAUACGGUACUACAUAGCUGGAAAAUCAAUUUCGAUGUUUAAGACCUUGGACUUCUAAAGAACUACAAGACAAUCAAGGAGUUGAUCCUUAUUUGAAAAUGGUUAAUUGCAAAUCUGCACCAAAAAAGCAAUUUCAUUUCGGUUCAAUAGCGUGUUUUCGACAAAAGAUGACGGACGUCAGUUGUCCCAAAAGUCAAUACAUGACCAUCAAAAGUUCAUCAUACCGCGGAUUGACUGGAAGUAAUAUUUGUGGGUCAAGUUAUGAUUACAGUUGUAGUGUCGAUGUCACGUGUCAUCUGAAGAGACACUGUGAUGGCAAACGAGAGUGUAUUGUCAUUGUUAAUGAGAAUCUUUUUCCUUUAAACAUUUGUCCUGGUUUGAAUAAGUAUCUUUAUUUUGUUUAU